AGACCAAAUUAUGUACUAAAACUUGACCACUCAUACAACUUCUGACUUUUUUUUACUCUGUGCAGGGAUCUCUCUUUUGAAGUUAAGUUAAAGAUGACUAUGGUGAAUAUAAGCUAUGACUUUAUGCUCUCAAAAACACUCAACAUGUUAGGAUUGCAACCCCAUUACUAUAGAUUAGAGCAGAAGGCCUCCAAUCUUAUCUACCAAGCCACAGUUGUGUUUGUUUAUGGAGACCAACAAACUGGUUUCGUAACCGAAGAAAUGGUCGGGAUUAGUUUUGAAGGGUUUGCUCAUGCAAAGGAAUUGGCUGCUUAUACUGCUUUGGAGUUCCUAAAUAUUCGUUAUCAUAUUACCGUAAACGACUUCAACAAACCUAGGGCGGACCAGUUGGAGACAGAAAAUGUUAUCUUAACCCAUGUUUAUGAUGCUACUGUAGAGAACUAUAACUUGCUUAUGGCUAUAUACAAACGCACCAAAAAAAGACUUCAGAAUCUCGACAAGACUAUGUGGAAGUUUACUUAUCUUACUAUCCGUGCAAUGUUCAAGAGGCACAAUGAAUAGGGGAACAGGAUGACUUGUGAAGGGCUUGGACUCUAUGAUGACACAACUUACACUAACUCAACUUCAACUCUGUGUACAUGUAGUUGAGUUGGUGUUAGUUAGGCUAAGAUAGUAUUUUUGCUUUUUAGAAGUCCUGUUGGUAGUGGUCCUUCACCCUUUUGUAUUAAA